GCCAGCAGCUUCAAAACUAGCAGACUUUUGUUUUUUGAGGGUUUGUAAUAAGACACAAUCCUCAUUACAAUGGUUCACACUACAGCAUAAGAAAGAGCUGUAUAAAUUGGGAUCACAGUAUACUGUACUGAUUUUUGGUAUUACACAGAGAUCUGCCCUCUGCUCUCCUGUCUUAAAGCUGAGCAACCCUGUGGCCUAUCUUCCUCCCUUGGCCCUAAAAUGACAGUAAUCUCUGCAAUCAGUUGUGCCUUCUUAUUUUUCAUUCUCUUUGAAACAAGUGCAAUAGCAUUACCCAAUUCCACUGACCUAUUCCCCUCAAACAAAAAUUUCACUGACAUUGAAGCAGCUUUGGCAGCUCACUUGGACUCUGCAAAAAUCCCCAAAGUCAGGCGGAAGCGGUACAUUUCACAGAAUGACAUGAUUGCCAUCCUUGAUUAUCAUAAUCAAGUCAGAGGCAAAGUCUUUCCACCUGCUUCAAACAUGGAGUAUAUGGUUUGGGAUGAAACUCUUGCCAAGUCUGCAGAGGCUUGGGCUGCAACAUGCAUUUGGGACCAUGGACCUUCCUACUUACUGAGAUUCUUGGGCCAAAACCUGUCUGUAAGAACUGGAAGGUAUCGAUCCAUUCUUCAGCUGGUAAAGCCAUGGUAUGAUGAAGUGAAAGACUAUGCUUUUCCAUAUCCUCAGGACUGCAACCCUAGAUGCCCUCUGAGAUGCUAUGGACCCAUGUGCACACAUUAUACACAGAUGGUUUGGGCCACUUCCAAUCGUAUAGGCUGCGCAGUCCACACAUGCCACAAUAUGAAUGUCUGGGGAUCUGUUUGGCGACGAGCUGUUUACUUGGUAUGCAACUAUGCCCCAAAGGGCAACUGGAUUGGAGAAGCACCGUAUAAAGUAGGAGUCCCGUGUUCCGCUUGCCCUCCUAGUUAUGGAGCUGCUUGUACUGACAAUCUUUGUUUUCCAGGAAUAACAUCAAACUACUUAUAUUGGUUUAAAUAAGUUAACAGAAGUUUACAUUAUUUUUAAAUAAUAUGGCUGAGUAACAAAAGCUUGUAUAUUGAA